AUGUUUGGCGUGCGUUAUGAUCCAGAGGAGAGUCUGCUGACUCCGACUUUAUAUCACAAUGGUAGGUUUCUGCCGAACUUGAAGAAACGAAAGCGCAGAGUUCAGGACCAUGAUGUUGAUGAUGAUGAUGUUGUUGUUUUUGAUAAUGACAAGGAUGAAGAAGAAAUGAACAAGGAGAAGAAAGAGGAGGAAGAGGAAGAGGAGGAAGAGGAGGAGGAAACUGAUAAUAAAAGUGAAAGUGGAAGUGAAAGUGAAAGUGGAAGUGAAAGUGAAAGUGAAAGUGAAAGUGAAAGUGAAAGUGAUGUUGAUGGAAAACACAUGAAAGAAGAGCUCGAAGACAAGGAUGAUGCAAUGGAGGUGGAUACGAUAAUCGAAGACAACGAGUACAGCGGUAAACACAAAUCCAUAUUUGACAAGUUCAAACUGUCAGUAACAAGGACUGUCAAUGAUGACGUGGUUCAUUCAAGCAGAGACGAAGAAGAAGAUUUUCAGAAACAGAGUGGUAAUAGAGAAGAAGAGAAAGGAGAAGGAGAAGAAGAAGAGGUUGUGGAAACACAAGACUUGGCGCCAUUGCCGCAACCUCAGUUACCACGGGACAGGAAACUAAACUCAAGCACCCAGCAUUCUGCAAAUCUUGAUUGGUUGACAACACCGGAAUAUAUCGCCAUUGCUGAUACAAAACCUUUCUCCGAGUUUCCUCUUUCGCCAUUCAUGCAUGAAAACCUAGAGUCUUUAGGAUUUGAGAACGCUUUUGCCGUCCAGGUUGGUGUAUUGAGCAAAUUGUUGCCCGAAAUUCAAGCCAACAAGUUGAGACCUGAUGCAUUUGGUGAUGUGUUGGUGAACGCCUCAACAGGUUCAGGUAAAACUUUAGCGUAUUCCAUUCCCAUAAUCGAGAGUCUCAAGGACAGGGUGGUGCCGCGCGUUAGAGCCAUAGUUCUUGUACCAACCAAGCCAUUGAUCAAUCAGGUUAGAGCAACAAUGUUACAGUUGGCACUGGGGACUAAUUUGAACAUAGUCAGUUUAAAAAACGAUAUAUCAAUACGUGAAGAGAGCGAGCGGUUGAUAGAGCUGGUUCCGGAUGUUGUUAUCAGCACUCCUGGAAGGUUGGUUGAGCAUUUGGCGAUGGAUUCGAUAUCUCUUUCGAGCUUGAGAUACUUAGUUGUGGAUGAAGCCGAUAGGUUACUUAACCAAUCUUUCCAGAACUGGUCGCAAAUUUUAAUUAGCAAGAUUCAUCUGCAACAAGUUUACGAUGUUGCCAACGUGUGGAGCUUGAAAGUACAAAAGUUCAUAUUCUCGGCAACGCUCACAACAGAUGCAGGAAAAUUAGCUAGUUUGGAUUUUCACAACCCUCGACUCUUGAUUGUGAAUGACUCUCAAAGGCUUGUUAAUGAGCUCUUUUCAGUGCCGGCAAUGCUAUCCGAAUAUAAGCUCAAUUUUGGAGUUGCCAAGAGUUCUCUUAAGCCACUUAUACUUGCAAAGUUUUUAAUUGCUCAGGAAAAGCUAUCGGAUGUGUUGGUGUUUACAAAGUCCAACGAGUCCUCCAUCAGAUUGUGUACCCUCUUGCAAGCCAUUUUUGACCGCAUAUGUCUGCAAGAAAAAGUGAAGGUUGGUUUCAUGAACCUGACCAACAAUCGUACCUCACUACGCUCAAAAAUCUUGAAGGACUUUACUUCUCAAAAAAUCAACAUCUUGGUGGCGACUGACUUGAUUGCAAGAGGUCUAGAUGUGACAUCAAUCAAGGAUGUUGUCAAUUACGACUUGCUGAACUCGUCAAGAGAAUAUGUGCAUAGAGUUGGAAGAACGGCAAGAGCAAAUCAAGCAGGUAAUGCGUACAAUUUGGUCUUUGGUAAGGGUGAAGAAAAAUGGUUCAAGACCAUUUCCAGUGAAGUGAGCAGGAACAAUGAUGUCAAGGAUGUAGAGGUUAAUUUGAAGCAACUCAUAUCUGAUGAAGACGAAAAGUUAUAUCAAGAAGCGUUACAAAGUUUGCAAGACCAAGUACGAAAGUAG